CUCUGUAAAAUAAAAAAGCCAUCGGACCAGAGUUGCCGUAACAAGGCUUGUCAUGCCACGAUUAAAAUGGUGACACGGCAAGCAGACACUUCAGAAGAAUUAAGCGUUCACCCGUGAGGAAGGGAUGAGUUUCAAGCCUUGGAGUUUAGUGUUUAUGUUCUUGGGGUCGUCGGGUCGGAGUUUGAGGUCUGCCGUGCUGCCCGUGGAUUAACGCAAGGCUCCAAUCCGCUGUCAUCUGUCGGUUAAAGUAUGGAUCCGAGGACUGUGCCUUUGCUUCGAGUGUGAGCGCCUGCGUGAUCGUGGAAAAAGGCGUUUUUUUCUUCUUCAAGCAAGUCAACACUGAAGGACUCCGGAUAAGAACCACGGACACUUGUUGAAAAUACAACUUGCUGAGCUAACUGUUAGCAUGCUCUCGGCUAACAGAGCACACUACUUUUGUUGACUAUUUUAAGCGAAACCAUCUAGAGACGAUUCAGUCGGGUGUAUGUUGGCCAACCGUUUGUCGAAUUAGAGCGCCAACGAGUCGUCGGUGUCAUUUUUUCAUUUGUGUUAAGUGCGUGAAGAGGUUACAGGUGGAUGUGAAAGCUCAGUCAGUUUAGCUAGCGCAGCUACUUGCUAGCCCGCUCACGUCCAUGUUAUGUUUCAUAGCUUUGACAGAUAACAAUAUCAACUUCUUUUAAAGUCGGAACUUGCGGGAAAAUGCUUGAUUAACUCAGUUGUGACAAGUUAUUUCCCCCCCAAUACACAUCAUCCAUAUAUACCAAUCGGAUAUAUGUCGACUUUUUGAUGGAGUACCACCCACAGAAAGAUCUUGGAAGAUAAAUAAUAUCAUUUUUUUUUAAAAUUCCAAAGUAGUUAAAGGGCGCAGCAUGUCCGGCUCCCCGGGCACAGGGGGCUCAAACCCCCGGAAGUUCAGCGAGAAGAUAGCGCUGCACAACCAGAAGCAGGCAGAAGAGACGCGGGCCUUCGAACAGCUGAUGACGGACCUGACUGUCUCAAGGGUGCAGUUUCAGAAGAUCCAGCAGCUUCGUUUGUCUCAGCCACGACCACAGUACUAUGGAGGGUCUUUGCCCAAUGUCAAUCAGAUAAGCAACACCAACACUGAAUUUCAGGGUGGCUUUCCAGCGGGACUGGAUUCCAUUCGAGGUACUCGCCACCAUGGGCUGGUUGAGAGAGUGCACAGAGAACGCAACCGCAUCAACGCUCCCCAUCGCAGACCCAUUGACAAGCAUGGGCGGCAGAUAGAGAGCUCUCCGUAUGGAACAGUAUACCUCUCCCCUCCUCCGGACAACAGCUGGAGAAGGGAUCAGCCUCCAUGGAGUGAGGAAAAACGACCAGGGUUUAGAUUGAUAUCACAACUCAACAGAACCAACUCAGACUCUGCUCUUCAUACAAGUGCUAUGAACCCACAGGACCCCUUUAGCGUGAACAGGCAGAUGGGCCGCGGUCCCCCUCAGCGCAAUGGCUGGCAUGGAGCUAGUAUAAAUGAGACACAGGUGGAUGGGUCUGGAGAUGUGUUUUCUUUUCCAACGCUACCAAAUGACGAGAGUCUCCUUGGUGUCAGUAGGCCCCUGCCCAAGCAACUGUGGGAAACCAAAAAGGCCCAAUCUCUUGCAUCAAGGCCUAAAUCCUGUGAAGUGCCUGGUAUCAAUGUUUUCCCUUCUCCAGAGCAAAAUUCUGGUCUUUCCCACUACCAGGGCUCAUUAAACACUGGAGGCUCUCUACCCGAUCUCAGCAACCUGCACUUUCCCUCCCCCCUCUCCACGCCACUGGACCCUGAAGACAAUGGAGGAUACUCUAAUAUUGGUGGGGGAAGUAGCACCGGAAACCUGCCGGCUGCCAUGAUGCACCUAGGCAUUGGCAACUCACAGGGCCUCUCCUCUUCUCUGAGUAAUCCUGCAAUGCAAGCGUCGCUUAACAACUGCCAGCUUCCUGCUUCUCUCAGCAAUCCCUCCAUCAACUCAUCUCUGCGUCUUUCUGGUAACUCUCCUCGACGAAGACCUGCACCUAUCAGCCCCCUCACCCUGUCUCCUGGUGCGGAGCAACGUAGGGGUCUGACUAAGCAGUUGUCUCCCACUAUGUCCCCAUCACUGUCUCCUAUCACACAGAGAGUUGCUUUAGAUACCAGCAACAUGCCAAGGGAACCUCCCCCUCCUUAUCCGCUCUACCAGCAAUCCCAACAUGCAGCGGACCAGACCCUCACAUUGCAUCAACAGCAACCUGUGUCCCCUCUGGACUUUAACCCAAGUCAACAGUCUGGCUGUUUUUUUUGGCAGCACAACAUGGCAGCACUCUUUAGUGAUUCCUUCAUGGAGCAGCAGUUCUCCAGUCGCCAGAGCAAAACCCUCCCAUACCAGUUGGACCACUUCAGUCUGUUGGAAAACGCAGUGACUUUCACAGCAGCUACAUCUUGCUUCGACCCUUCUUCUUCCUCUCUGUACUACUCCCAGGCAGGCCUUACAGGGCUGGGUGGUAGCCACGGUAACUUGCAUGACCCCAUGCACAUGAGUUCAAACAUGCUGUACUCCAACUGCAGUGGAGGAGUGCCCAACAUCAUACUCACUGAUGACUCCCACCACAGUCUGUCUAAGGACAUCAGCGGUGUGCUCUCCACCGUGCCCGAGUGUUUCGACUCAGAAGGAUGCUUCCCACUGGAAGACGAGCUGCACAUUGAGCCCCUCAGCCUGGACGGUCUGAGCAUGCUCAGCGACCCUGACAUGGUGCUGCCGGACCCAUCUGUGGAGGAUACUUUCCGCAGCGACAGACUCUGAAUGUGACUUGCCACUCACACACACACACACACACACACAGACACACACACACACACACAUACAUUUGCAGUGUAGCCCGUGGAGUGCAUGAAUGUGAUUAUGCAUGUCUUGAUGCAUGUAUUGACUGCCACAAAGCACCAUGAGCGAGGUGGACACCACGCAAGCAAUUCUACCCUUUCUGAGAAGUUGGAUGGUAAAGGAAACUAGUUUACAUCCGACAUCAGCCUCACGCUCGCUUAAGCUCACACUUGUCGUGCAUUUGUGUCGGUAAAAAGACAGUUGUUGCUCUGCAGGCUGCCUCUCCCGCUUAAAUGGGGAGGAAAUCCGAUGAGCAGUCGAGGCCGUCCGUUGUCCUUUUUUUUUGUCAGUGCCCUUUGUAGCCAUGGCAACAUUAUCACCAUGGCUACAUACCAUUGCCGAGCUGCAGAGAUGCCAACACACAGUUGACUUUUCUCACAGCUCCCAUAAACAAGUGUCUGAUCAGAGGUGCUCUGCUGGAGUCGUGCCACACGCGUGGAAACUAAUGUAAAAUGUAAAGUACAGAGCGGCUUCAGGCUCUCUGACAAUCACGUCGAAUGAUGCAAUGAAAAUUCUAUCAAAUUAUUUUUGAGGCCACACACAUAUAUAUAUAUAUAAAUACAUAUAUAUAUAUAUAUAUAUAUAUAUAUAUAUAUAUAUAUAUAUAUAUAAAAAUACAUAUAUAUUAAUAUAAGUCACACUUUUUAGUAAGAUUAGAAUGUACUAGACAACAAAAAGGGCAAAGUGUUUACAAAGAAAUGUUUUGAAGUUUAUGUUACUUAUUAUAACCAAGAGCUAAACUGGUGAGAUGUGCUGCAUAAAGACUAUAUUCCCUUAGCAGGGUUGUAUGCAUCCAUUUUCGAAGAUGAAAUUCACAUGUUUGUUUUGUUUUUUUAAUACAUUGGUGUACCGGUAUGUUGUAUUUGAAGUUUUGUAUGGACUUGUACUGGCGCUUGCACUGUACCUAGGCUGUUGUGAUAAAGGGCAUGUAUACCACUGUGCAUCAGUUCUGUUUGCAGUCAGAGACUGAGCAAAGACUUAGUGACUGAGUGCAGACGGCUCCUGUGGACAUGGGACACCAUGUAACAUUGCACUUAUUGUCUUUUGCACUAAUUGAUCCACCCUGUCUUGCUUCACGAUGCUGUUGUUUUUACAUGGCAACCCAAAGAAUCAAGCGUUGAUUUCAUGUUCAAAUAUCAAGGAUAAUAUUUAGUUAUAUGUUUGUAAAACUGAUUUACAGAAAUAUGCCAUUUUGGGCAUUGAGUGCCCCCUACUGUUUUUUCAAUGUGGUUCAUUAAAGGAUAUAAGAGCAUUGCUCUGUUCAGCUAUGCAGCUUUUCCCCCCGCACCUGUUGAACAGGUGUGCCAUGUACACUAUGCAGUGUAACAACAUGCAGCUUCCUAAUAUGGAAGGAUCAAAACAAUUUUACAUGUGUCCAGUGUCCACACUGUUGGUUUUUCUCCAGUCUGCCAGUCCCAAGAACUACAGCGUCCGUGACAGGGGUGUCCAAAGUGUCCAGUUUUUAAUGCAUGAGAUUUUUUUUCCAUGAAAUACCAUUUCCAUUCUGUGAGUUUGAAUUGAGGUUUCAAACAGGAAGUAGAAUUCCAAUUCGGAUUAAAUGAAGAACAGUAUAGGCGCUUCAUAUGGCCCCAUUUGAAAAAAUAUUCACUUUAGCCACCAUAUGUCAGUGUUGAGUAUCAUAAAAUGUGUUUUGUGACAAUGUAGGGCGGUAUAGCUCGGUUGGUAGAGUGGCCGUGCCAGCAACUUGAGGGUUCCGGGUUCGAUUCCUGCUUCCGCCAUCCUAGUCACUGCCGUUGUGUCCUUGGGCAAGACACUUUACCCACCUGCUCUCAGUACCACCCACACUGCUUUAAAUGUAACUUAGAUAUUGGGUUUCACUAUGUAAAAGCGCUUUGAGUCACUAGAGAGAAGUGCUAUAUAAAUAUAAAUUCACUUCACAAAUUCAAUUCCAACUUUGACCACAGCGCCAGUUGCUAUGAAGAGUGGCGCUUUCCAUCAUUUUUAGCAAACUGCGUUACAAAAUUAUUAUCCCCCCGCACCCCAUAUGACACAUUUCCAAUUGAAAUUCAAAUGGAUUAUUUUGAUGUAUUGUAUUGUACUAAAUUCUAUUAUUUUACUCUCACACUUCUCAACUGAUUCGAAGUGCUCAACUCAUUUAGGACAUUUAGCACUCACUUAAUGUUGUCAUGCUAACUGUUAGCAUGUUAGCAUCUUAGCCAAUUUCUUCAGCUAUUGCCCAGCCUGAGUCACAUUUGCGACACUUCCUGAUGUGCUUCUGCUAGUUUUACGACGGAGUUCUAAAACAAAUAUCACAAAAAUAACAGUUUGGGGGAAUUCAAAGUGUUGGUAUAGUGAAAAUUGGAGUACUUAAAUUAUGAGCAUGGAAAGUAAGCAAAUGUAUUUAGUUGCAACCUAAAAAUGUCACCUGGAUGCCAAUUUGAAUAGUAAACAAUGUGUACGUUAUUUGAAUAGUUUUAAGUGUUCCAUCAGGUUAUCAGUAGAUACUUUGGCGAAAGGUUGUAAAAUGCCAAUAUUUUGUUAAAACGGCUAAUGCGCUAACAUAUCAGGCAGCGACAGAUAUAAAACUAGAAGUUAUGGAUAAUGUUAACAUUUAAGCCAAUUGUGUAGGUAUGCAAUUAUAGCAAAAGUAAUGGAUAUUGUUACUUGCCAUUAUCUUUGUUAUCAUGCUAACUAUUAGCAUUUUAGCCAGUCUUGUAAGUAUAAGAUUCAUGGAUGUUAACUUUGUGCUGUCAUGCUAGCACUUUAGCUAGAUUUGUUGGUAUGAAACAAAACAAUCAUCAUGGGUACUGUUACUUUAAAAUGAUAGAAACUGGAGAAAAAAUACUUUAUAUCCGAGAAUGUAUUACUGAAUCCAAAUAUUCAAAAAUGGAAAGAAGGUGGUUGAAUUAAUUGUCUGUAAAUUGUUUUUUAUUAUUUAGGACUUGUUUUACAUGGGAAAUUAUUCCUGUUACUUACCUAUAAGAAAUAUAAGUGAAUUGCAAUUAAUUUAAUUGCACUUGCUGCAUUUUCAGUUUAACAUACUUUGUGGGAGAUAAUUAAACUUUUUUUUUUUUUUCAAAUAAAUGUAAUUAAAAUUCUGAAUUUUGCACAAGCCUGAUAUAUAAACACAUUUCACAGUAAUCACAAUAUUUAAUUAUUUCUUUAAAAAAAUGUUCAUCAAUCAAACCUCAAAUUGUUCUACCUUGUCAACCUAUGUGGACAUUUCACCAACUCUUAAUCUGUACAUGUACUUAAAAAUUAAGAUGAAAUAUGUUUUCAUCCUUUGAUAGUAGGGUUAAUCAUUGUGCAAUGCAGUUCGCUGAAAAUGAUUGAAAGCGCCACUGUACAUAGUAACUGGAGCUGUGGUCAAAAAUGGAAUUGCCACAAAACACAUUUUAAGAUAAUCAACACUGACAUCUGGUGGCUAAAGUAGAUAUUCUUUCAAAUGGGGCCAUAUGAAGCGCCUUCCUACUAGCAAUUGAGGCUGUGGUCAAAGUUGGAAAUGCCACAAAACACAUUUUAAGAUAUUCAACACUCUACUGCCAUCCGGCAGCUAAAGUGGAUAUUGCACAACCCAAAUGUGUCACGUUUUAUGUCUUGGGUAAACCGCAACAAAUGUGGCCAUAUGAAUCCCCUUCCUACAGUAGGUUAAUGCCUUACAUAAAGUUAACACAAACCACGUGUCAACACUCAUGUUUUUCCUGGAAAAUUCACAAAACUUAAUCGUUACCGCCACCCUUUCUUGAAAAAAAAAAUAAAAAAUUCCGUGCAGCUCAGGUAUGUUCGUGACAUAAAUAAACAACAAAAAGAAAGCGACAGAAGAAAGAUUGCAAAUACUUGUCUUCCUUUUCAUGUUUUUUCUGACUUUUUGCAAGUAAGUAUGUCAUUGCCAAUUAUGCAGAUUUGACGAUUUCGUCAACCUCACCAUCACCCGCCCCCACAAGGCAGUACCACCAGAAGUAGAUUGCAGUCCUGUGGGAAGUACUGCUAGUGUAUACAACGUCUUGGCAUCUCUCCAUGGCUGUUCACAACAUGAACAGUGAAAAAAUGUCCCCUAAAUCCUUAUUAUAUAGUUCAGCAUGUUUUUGGACACCCCUGGUCAACAUGCAUGUCGUUAAGAAGCGUCCUCACCUUAAUGUUUGUCUUUUACUGUUGUUGUGUCAAAGGUGACACAGAUACUCAGACUUUGAAUGAAGCGAGUUCGAGGGUGUUUUGAGCUAUUUAGCGUUUGUACUUUGUUCUAAACAUCGGGAACGCUGUUAAUGAUCAUGGAUUGUUCUUUACUCUCUAACUUGUUUUUGUUUCCUGCCUUCUGCUGCCUUACACGCGAAUUUCAACGUUUUAUAUUCCCAGCCAGCUAGCAUCACGUGGUCUGUGUCGUCAUUUACACUCACUUUUCUUGUCCUACCUUUUAGCCACAUUUAAAAUGUACAGUUGUGUUAUUUAAAGAUUCAUGUCCAUUCGUCGUGUUACUAAUUAUUUUCUAAUUGAUCCACAGCUUUAUGUUUUUGGUGUUUUGGUUUUUAAUGUGUUUAGUGCUUACCUUUUUGGUUUAAUACAAACAAUAAAAGUCAUAACAGUA